CCUGAAUCCCACCCCGCCGAGCGUUCUUCACGAUGAACCCUGUCGAGAUAGACUUGGAGGAGGUCGAGAAUACCUGCCUGAAUGUGCAAACGGCAAAGAAGGUCGAGGACUUCCACUCCCACAGGCGGUUCAACCCCAACUCGUCUGUCGACUUUCCCGCUGGGCCGAGCAGCGGUGAGCGAGAUCCUGCUAUCGUAGCGAAGGACUUGGAGUCGCAUAUGUCCUACCUACACAAACUCAAAUAUGUGUACCUCGAGCGACGAGCGAAGGAUCAAUAUGCUAGGACGAUAGUCAGUCCUAGCGACGAGACUGGGAUAGUCAACGAGGAAGAGAACCAGAGACUACAACUGGAGAACGAGGAGAAGAAGGCGAAGCUGCGCGCUAGCAAAGCGCGUCUGAACGCGGUACAUACGGCGAUGAAGGAAAGGGCGCCUAUUUUCCAGAAAGAGUACGAGUUGUUGCAAGAGCGGACAAGACGUAUGAAGACGCUGAAGGAGGACGUUCUCAACAAGCAGCUCGAGCUCCUGCGCCUACAGCAGACGAACCCGCCACCUCGCCUUACGGAAGCGGGCGCGCAGGCCAAGCUCGAUGAGCAGACGGAGGAGAUGCAGAAUCUGAUGGACGCUAUAGAGAACGAGACUCAUGAAGCAGAGGAGCAGAAGGAAGCUGCCAAAGCCGCCAUGGCGGAGGCUGAGCGCUUGCGAGCGGAGCGAGUCCAGCUCGAGACCCAGGUCAAGCAGAUGCAUCCAGAAGGGCUGGAUGAGCUGGCCAUUGCGCGGCAAUAUCAGAGCCUCACCACCAAACUCGACCUAUAUCGACAGAUGGAGUCGCUUCAGUCGUCAACUGCAGCCUCCGAGAACGAGCUACGCCUUGUCUACGUCGUCGAUACCACUCCGCAUCAGAUAAAGCUCGCCGUAACCCUCGUCUUCGUUCCCGCGCGUCAGCAACUUGCUUCUGUCGACGUAACCGCCACCGUACUACGACCCGGACCUAACGGCGUGGAAGAGGAGGAGAUUGAGCUGGACUUUGGCGACGUUCUGGCAGCCAAAAUAGAUACCAACGACGUCCGUGCCACGUACGGUCUUUCGGAAAAUAACCAUCACGUUUCUCGUCGCCUACCGUCUCCUCUCUACACGUACAUAAUCAUGCAACCUACUGGCCGGCGCUAA